UACAUGCGGUACUGCUGAAAAGGGCUGGGGGGGUGCAUUGAGCUAUCAUCGUUUUGGGGGGAAAAAGUAGAAAGAGAUGAAAUGAAGAGCUACUUUUACUUCAGGUGAUGCAUUCAAGGGGAUUUUCUACAUGAAGGAUGCCAUCAUACAGGACAAAAAAUGCUCAAGUACCAGAAUUUCGCUGACAGUUUGGACAAACUUGUGUCCUCAGAUUUCUUUUAUCUCUGCCAAAAAAUAUUUCAGAACAUCUGUUUAAAAAAAACUACCAAAUAAGUUAUGUGAAUGGACUACUUUUCCACUUUGUAUAACCACAUGGAUGGUGUUUUUGUACUGAAGAAUGUACGGGGUUCAUGCUGAGUGCAUAGAUCUACUAAUCAGAAGCGUGAAGGUAACCAGCCAAAGGAAAAGAGGACAGUGAAGAUCAGGUGAAAGAUGCUUCAGACUGGAAACUACUCACUGGUGCUUCUAAUCCAACUCGUUUUGCUGGCCUAUGACCUCUUCGUUAAUUCCUUUAGUGAACUUCUGAGAGGAGCUCCUGUCAUCCAACUUGUGCUUUUCAUCAUCCAGGACAUCGCCAUCUUGUUCAAUGUCAUCAUCAUCCUCCUGAUGAUGUUCAACACCUACGUCUUCCAGGUCGGCCUUGUGUCUGUGCUGCUGGGCAGAUUCAGGGCUCUGCUCGUUUUCUCCGCUCUCUACUUGACCCUCAGCAUCUGCUUCCACUGCUGGGUGUUGAACCUCAGAUGGCUUGACUCGAACCGUUUUGUGUGGACAGAUGGUCUUCUGGCUCUCUUUGUUUUCCAGAGAACAGCGGCUGUGUUGUACUACUACUUAUACAAGCGCACAGCCGAGCACAUGGGGGACCCGAGGCUGUAUGAGGACUCUAUGUGGCUGCGUGAUCAAUUUGCCAGAGCUCGUCAGUGACAACGGGACACUAUUGAGAGAAACAAUAAAGGCUCCUUGUGGAAACUGCCAUCUGACAAAACUGGGCAUGCACACCAGUGACUGAUAUCUGAAUCCUUAGAUUUUAUGCUUGUGAUGUGUUGGACUCCAAGACAAUUGCCAUUGAGCAGAGAUUGAACUCACACUCUGUUAGUGAAUGACUCAAAAGUUUCAGUUUGUUUUAACUGCUUCUCAAAGUGAGGCAGACAGGCAGUUAAAUGGUUUACACUGGCAGGCAAGCCAAGGUUGGCGCAUGUAGUAUAGUAUUAAUCAGGAUUGAGCCUGUUAAUCUUUGUGGCCUUUUGAAAACAAUCGACUACACACUUACUGCAAACGAAAGAAUGAAAAAAGUUCAGCCUGCCUUCAUUUCAUUUUAUGUUUUUUACCCAUCAACUCUAAGACGUAAACCCUGUCCAUUUGGUAGAAUUUUAUUAUUUCCCUCAAAGAAAGAAAGCAGAUGUUUGUUUUUUUUCCGCCUUAAUAAAAUGUUAGCCUGUGUUGUUUACAUUGUAAAAGUGAGUUAAACAAGCCAAUUUCUGUUUGAACUGUUGGGUUUUUAGUUGGAAUCUUCGUAUUGUGUUCAAUGUUUUUUUAUUAAAUAAUCCUGGUCUAA